ACGUUGUAACCAUACAACUCGCUCUGAUUAAGACACGGACAACGGCUCUGAGCACAGACUCUACAUUUUUUGCCAUGGGGACAGAGACUGAAGGCGCUAAAAUGGACCUUGUAGUGCGCUGUCUGUACAAAACGAUAGUAAUGAACGGUGUGGAUGGAGCCUGCGACGUUUCGGACCUGAAGGAACUGCUGCAUGCUAAAGGCGUCCAGGAGCAUAUCCCUAUUCCAGCCCCUGCAAAGCAGCGUCUGGUCCACAAGGGAAGUAUCCUAACGUCUGGCAGCCUACAUGAUGCUGGAGUUCACAGCGGGGACCACCUUGUCUUGUUGCUCCAUCGUCCUAACAUCACAACACCUGUGAAGCCUGUGGACACCACACCUGUUCCAACUGCGGCAACUAUUCGCUCCGCCAUUGUUGCCGAAGCGAGGAGCCGUGGACUUGAGCAUACCAUUAUGGAAGAACCGCGGCGCGCAGCUCGCUCGUACGGCAUGCCCAUGGAGGCCAUGGCGCUGGAGGUUGACAACCAGCUGCUGCAGCUCAUCCAGGCGCUGCAGGGCAGGACGCAGGGCGCGGGCGGCAGGGGCGGACAGCAGCAGGCUGGCGGGGCCGCGGCGCCGGGUGGUCAGCAGGCGCAGGCGCAGGGGCCCGCAGCUGCAGGAACAGCCCCUCGGUACCUGCAGCCACCCGCCGGCGGCCCGCUGCCGGGCAUGCUGUUCUUCGGCAUGCCGCCGCCACCGCAACCCGCACCCCCGCCCCCGGCUGCUCCCGCGGCGCCUCCUGCCAUUCCCGAGCCCGACGCGCAAGCCUGCUCCCAGCUGCGCGACAUGGGGUUCGGCGACGCUGUGGUCCGCAAGGCGCUGCUGCUGCACCGCAACGACAUGGAGGCGGCACUCAACUGGCUGCUGCAGCACGGGGAGGACCCCGCGGCGGCGGAGCCCCUCACGGAGGAGCAGCUGCGCCAGAUCUACAGCCGCGGCCCGCGGGGUCCGCCCUCCGAGCCGGAGAUGGUAGAGCAGCUGGUGGCCAUGGGCUUCGAGCGCAACCAGGCCGCCGGCGCGCUGCGGCGCUUCCGCAACAUGGACCUGGCGCUGGCCUACCUGCUGCGGGCGGCGGAGGAGGGGGAGGGGGAGGGAGACGCAAGGCAGGAGGGGCCAGGCGGGCAGCAGGAGGGCGCGGCGGCGGCGCCAGCGGCGGCGGGGCAGGGAGGAGGCGAGGCAGGCCAGGGACCGCAACAGCAGCAGCAGGGAGAUCGGGCUGCGGCGGGAGUGGCUCCGGCUGAAGGCGGCCGUAAUGGUGAGGGGCCCGGCGACCCGCAGCCUGGGGAGGGCUACGCUGGCGGCGGCCAACAGCAGCAGCAUGACGAGGCGUUGCACCCUCUUCCCAUGGAGGUGGAGCACGAGGGCGAGCACGACGACGACGAGGAGGAUGAGGACGAAGGCGAGGAGGAGGACGAAGAAGACGAUGAGGAGUUUACUGGAGAUGAGGACAUGCCGAACGUGAUGGAGCAGCUGGCGGGCGCAGGCGCCAACCGAGGUACCGUGCUGCGCAUUCCUCUGGGCGGCGGGGCCCUGGGCUUGGGUGGAGAUCCCAUGCCCGAGGACGUCCUAGGCGCCUUUGGCGCGCCCCUCGCGCUGCACGGCAUGGGCGCUGCUGCGCCUGCCAUGGCGGUGACCCGUGGGCCCGACGGCAACGAGCUGGUGCUGGGUGCCGCGGGAGCCAACAUGCCGCCGCUGAUGCCCACGCGCGGGGUGAUGCUGGGCCAGCCGGGUGCGGCGGGCAUGGCGGCAGGCGGCGGCACAGGGGGCCUGGGGGCGCAGCUGUUGGACCUUCCCGGGCUGCUCCAGGGUGGCGGCGACGCGGGAGAGGAUGAGCUGGUGAUGCAGGGCAUGGGGCUGGUGCAGCAGCUGCUGAAUGCGGUGCUGCGAGAUGCGCUGAACGGCGGGGAGGGCGGCAAUGCAGGAGCUCGGGGCCAGCAACGGUAGAGUUGCAUGCGGGAGGCGUUACACGCUGCAGCGGCGUGUACCCAAUCGUUGGAUUCAAGGAGGAGAGAUUUGUGAAUCAAGAUAUGUACAGGACGAAAACAGUUGUAAUUUGCUCCACAGAGGGAGGUUCUGCGAACGCAACUGGCCUUGUUUGGGCCAUAAUCGAAUCCACACCAUAAUCGAAAGAGUCCGUGUUUAUGCGGUUCUGCAGUUUUAGUAAGACCAGGAUUACUUUUCAUUGAAGCAACCAUGAGCCCAUGAUGCAUACUAAUGUACUGAUGCCUGUUAUGCACCGCUGUUUCGAACUCCC